UCAAGGUAGCCAUAAAUGCAAGAAAGGUAACCGUAUCUGGUAAGUACGGAACCUUAAGAAGGAGCUUCAGGCAUUUACCAAUAGAUAUUAGAUUAAACAAAUUAAAGAAAUAUAUUAAGGUAGUUAUGUGGUUUGGUGUCCCUGACAGUUUAGCUUGUAUUCGUACGGUUUGUACACAUUUAAAAAAUAUGUUUACUGGUGUUACCAAAAAGUUCUUAUAUAAAAUGAGAUUAGUACAUGCUCACUUUCCCAUCAACUCUAAUAUUGUAGAUAAUAACACAAGAAUCGAAAUUAGAAACUACUUAGGAGAAAAAAGUGUUAGAUUUGUUAAAGCCUUGCCAGGAGUUGUUAUCG